AUGCGUUUCUCGGAAUCAGGGUCAACGAUCGCACAUUGCACUAACGUUCUAAAUAUGUAACAUAGUAUGAUAUCCUUCCUCCUUAAACCCUUCAAACGAAAACCUUCGACUUCGUCACUUUCGGAAGCUCUCGCAGGUGCGAACUGUUUCUCGGUCCUCACAGGAUGUUUCAAUGUUCUUCCAGAAGACUUCGGGCAAGGGAUGGUCAACCAUAGCAUUCAGAUCACAAGCUGAAUGAAAGUUUUUUAGAAUCACCUUGUUUCUUAAGCAGAAUUUCAAAUCGCAGAUGGCUCUCAGACGACCAACGUCGAUUCAACAUCUCUAUCGAUCUCUUGAAAUUCGAAAAAUUUCGUCUCUGUUUGGAAGCUCAAGAAGCUACUCGAAUUUCAAUUCUAAGGUUCCAGGACUUACUUACAGGAGCAUUUUAAACUGCUCCCGUAAAGAUCAUGGUUAUCUUUCUUGGAUUCCUGGGAGUGCAAAUCCACUUCGUUCUGCAAUGGGUUCCGAGUUAUCAGCCUUUGUGAAUGACAUGAGGUUGGUAACGACACAAGCGAAAGCACCUCCUCAAAUACGACAAAUGGGCGCUUUACAAGUGUCUAUGGUGAGUCCUGGAUUUGUCUAUGAGCCAUAUGCACCUCGUGAACCCAUUCCAUUUUGGAGAAGAUGGUUCACAAGAAGUGGUUGGAAAAGAACAAAAGAAGAUAUCAUUAUAGAGCUCAAGAAUGCAUAUGCCAUCGCCAAGUUAAGGAAAGCUGGAUAUUCAAAAAAGCAGUUUUAUCAAGAGGCUGUACAGUUAUACAAGGAGAUAAAUACCUUGAUGGCAAAUGGAGAUAAAAAAUCAUUGAGGAAGGUGGUUACAGACAGAAUGUACUCAGCACUCAAGAAUGAAAUCAAACAAAGGGAAUCUAUGUGGAGUAGUGUUUACUGGGAAUUGAUUGAGCCAGUUGUUAAAAUACGAACACUGCGGGCUCGAUUGAUUGGCAUUGAUAGAAAUGACCUCAACAAAGUAUUCGUACAGCUUACACUUGAGUUCCUGGCUAAACAGAAAUUUGAGGCAUAUGAUUCAAAAGGUGUGGUUGUUGCUGGAGAUAAAACAAAAGAGGUACUUGUACGUGAUAUUUGGGUGUUUGAGAAAUCUCUCUUCCACACUGGAGCAUACUGGCGUCUUUGUGGCCGGAUUUCAUUGUAGUUUGGUUGGCUGACAGUAAGAGAGCUUAAAGGAUGAAGAGAACUGAUGACUGAUGAGUAAUGAAUAAAAUGAAAUCCAAGUUGGACAGUUCAGGUACAAGAAUUUUCUAUUGUUGACAAACUCAUCCAAAAAAAAUUUACAUAUGGGAGCUAUAUUGCUGAAUGAGCAAUUUAUUAGUUUUAUAUUGUGAUUGUCCAUUCAUUAAUUCUAUAKUGCUGAAUGAGAAAUGUGGGGAUUAAGCCAACAAAUGGGUGGCUGCUCAAUCGUUUAAGAUUCAUUAGUUUUACACUUUUA